AAGAAGCAAAAAUACUAUUCUAACAAAGGUCUGAUUUAAAACACUUAAAUCAAUUUGAUUGCUGGAAGACACUUUAAUGUGUUUCGAAUAAACGCUUUUGGACUCUCUGUUUCCUUCGAUAAUCAAACAGGGUUUAAUGUUGCCUUCCCUGUGAGUAAUUCGUCAAGCUUUGAUAUCGUUUUUCUUCGCUUAAACAAUAACUUGUCAUUUCUAAUGAGUAUAUAUUUCUUAUUUUUGACGUGGAGAAUAAUAACCUACUUUAAGGGAGGAGAUUACAGAGCACCCUGUAUAAAGUAAAUAUUUUAUUUAUCAUUCGUUUUUCUUUCAGGGAUAAGAACAAGUGUUAUCGAAGUAGCAGAUGUUUGUUCGAGCCAAUGAUAAAGUGUCCCCUCAUUAGCUGGUUCAUCUUAGCCUUUGGAACAAUGAUAUACAUACUUGCACGAUGCAUGUAUAACAGAGAUUUCAUAAAAUUUUGGCAAACAAGUGAAGGACAUAUUGUUUUGUCAAUAGAAGUUUUAAUAAUUAUUUUUGGUUUAUACAUGGUUUGGCGUCUCAUUGAUGGUAAGAAACAAAGUUUGCAGCAACAUAAUCAAAGACCUACAGAAUCAAGGGUUUAAGAUGUACCUAAAUAAAUAUUAUGUAAAUAAAUGUCAUAAUUGUUUGGAAAACUGCAGGCUUAUUUUCAGAGAGAACCCGAAAGCGAUGUAAGGAAGUUUACUAAUUUCAGUUUCGAAUUAAAGUUUCACAGUGAAACCAAAAAAUUAAUCCAACUCCUGGCAGAGGAUAUAAGAUGCAUGGGACCAGUAACUUAUGGCACUGAGUUAGAAAAAAACAAUGGCAUUGGCUACAAAAUAAAGUUCAAAGAAUUAAAUGGAGCAACAGAAAAUCACCAUGUGUGGGAGAGUAACAUAUUUGUGUGGAUGGUCGACAGUCAGACUGAAGAGGUAGUUGUUUUUGAAAAUGAAGAAAGUGAUGUUUUAAAGAGGCGUGUACUUUUAACCCAUGAAAUGACCUGCCAGCGUUGCAUUAAACAGAAUUGUGGUUGUGGAAAUAAAAAUGAAAGAAGUGGAUGUCCAGUCGCUGUAGGAACGUCUACAUUACAGUUCUUUAUGAAGUGCAAUCAAAACUGUCAAAGCAAGGCUGGAAAUACAAGAAAUAGGAGAAGAUUUAAAAUUAUGGUGACCGAAGGUGAUGGGUCCAAUUUCUUCGCCCGUAUAUUAUGUUUGUCUCAGGAGAUGUUUGUACACAAUAAUUCUAAAUUUGGCGCUAAUCGUAUUGAAAUUAGCAAUACAAAAAGGACCCGUAAAAUUAAACAUGACACUGAUCCUAAGAUUCGAGCACUCAUUCCUUCAGGAGGUUCUUACAAUCAACUUGUUGUUAUCAAUGGAGUUAACUUUGUCGAAGGAUUGCAAGUUUUCUUCGGAAAAACUCCCGCAGAAACUAGAAUAAUUACGGACACAGCAAUAUCCGCUAUUAUUCCUCAGCUUGGAGCGAGUGGAUAUUUCCGGAUUUGCUUGAAUGGAAAUGGUAAAUCUUGUGCCUUUGAAACGCCAUUUCGUUACGUAAGCUCAUCAACCACUCCUUCUUACGAACCAAUAUCACCUAGUCUUCAGAUUUCUCAUCCGAUGUCACCAUAUCGAAGUUUUACUAUCACUGCUAAUGCUCCUAUACUCCCAUUUAGCAGUUCGUCAAAUUCAGCAGUCACCUGUGAUGAAAGCACUAUUAACUACUCCAAUAGUUUUCAAAAUCAAAAUACUCAAAUCUGUUUUACAAACACUCCUCCACAAUCCCCUACCGGAGUGGCUUACGGCUUCAUGCACAGCUACAACUCCCACAGAAACGAAAUGCUAAUGAUGGAACAGCGAACAUAUGACAGUGAUAAUCUGUAUGAUGAUUGUAUGCUGCCUGGUAAAAGGCGUCGCACAUAGACUGUUGUAACUUCACAAUAAAAAUGCGUCUCAUAUUUA